AUGGCGAAUGACGAGUGCACAGGAGGAGCACCCAUGCAGUUGGAGGUCGGCUCCCCCACAGAGCUUGCCGAAGAUGAGGACUCCGAGAUGGAAGGCCUCACCACAGCACAGCGAUCCAACGUUAAGUUGGAGAAGAGGAAACGAAGUGGACGAGGUGCUCGUGAUCCUGCUGCUGUACCAGUUCCGGGGGAAAGCGAUAAUGACGACGACGCUGACAGCCCCUCCAAAAGGCCUUCUCGUGGUGAAGAUGAUGAUAGACCGAUCUCGGGACGGGAGCUACGUGCACUCCUCUUUGGUCACAUGUCAGAGAUGAAAGAAUCGUGGAAGACCUUCCAGGGGCGACUUGACGAUGUGGAACAUGCACAGAAGCACACUGGCACGGUCGUCUCUGCCCUUAAGAAUAGGACCAAGGUGCUGGAGAAGGACAACCUCUCGAAUCAACAGCUGAUCCAGCAGAACGGGAGAAAUCUUGACGAGCUCACCGAGGAGGUCAAGAACAUGAGAGUGCAAUUUGACGAGUUCCAACAACGGGCGAAUUCAGGUCAACCAUGUGCUGCUGCUGCUCCUCGAGGCCCUACCCCAGCUGGUCAAAGUGCAGCUCCACCUGUUCCCUCAGAUCCAUGGGCCGCCUACCUCGCUCGUCGCAAUGCUCCUGCACCAGAUCCAUCUGAAAGAGAGGGCGCCACCAACGACAAGGACACCUUAUCUGAUGAGGAGAAAAGAACAUUGGUUGUGGGCGGGUGGCUCAGGGACACCAGACGAACCAUCAUCGAGGAGGAGAUUGCACCGAUCCUUGCCAGGGACGAUAUGAAAGCAUUGAUUGACUCUGAGAAGCUACAGAUCUUUGGUCCGAGAAGAUCGGUCGGGAUGCUCAAGUUUACGCUCAGGACAGGGGAGACCCAGCAAGACCUUCGCAAUAGAAUGUGGGAAGUCAUCAAGCUCCUCGCUAGGGUUAAACUUGCAUUGCCAAGCACCCGGACUGUGGACGACGUGAAGACAGUUUGGGCGUCCUUCGUCAAGACCAAGGCAGCGCGGGCGAAGAGUGCACACGUGAGCAUGGUGAGGCGAGUGUGCAUUGAUCUGGCGAUGAGUGCGAAGAACGACCAAGGUGCACCCAUGUUUCUGGCAAACACCCAGUUCGGCUCCUAUGACUGUGACUGGAAUUUGGGUACGAUUUGGAACGGCUCUGCGAAACUGGCAAGCGCUGUCCACAAGCCACCCAAGGAGGGCGAGCACGUGAUUAUGAGCGGAGGCUGGAUCCAUCUAGAUGCCAUCGCACAAAUAACGGGAUGCACGAUUGACGUGGGGAGAAUUUGGUUGAUGAUACACGUGAGGGGCGACAUUUUGAAAAUCGAGCUCCUCGUGACUUCAGCUCUAAUCUGUGUGGAAGACAUAGAUGGGGUCGCAUGGCACAGUGGAAUUUGGGAGGACAAAGAGAUUUCGAGAGCCGAAGAGGGAUGGAAUGAGGAAAACAGUGACCUCUUCCACUGGGUCAGCUACCGACAUUCAUCUCAAUGGAGGGGCACAGGCAUUGGAAUUGCGCAGGAUCGCCUCGAUAGCAUCAUCGGCAAGAAGGCCUGCAGUCGUGGUAUUUGGAUCCUCGCACGAAUUCAUGGCCUGGGUCGUGUUGUCUUGGGCAGCCUCCACGCCCACACGGGAGUCACGAACCUUGUCUAUCAGCAGGCAAUCCAUGAGUUCAUUGGUCAAUGUCCAGGAAAAUGGAGGCAGUACCCUUUGAUAGCAGGCAUCGAUGCAAACGAAGUACCAUGUUGGGUGUCGAAUGAUGCCGGACAACUAGAAUGUGGAACAUGUUCCUCCAACAUGAAUGAACUCGUCGAUGGGGUGAACUCUCUGGGGUGUCAUUUUUGCCCUCCUCGUCAUUGUGACAAGCACACGCCGACGCAUUUUCCUAGAGAUGAAGAAAGAUCUGGUCGCCAGAUUGAUGUGCUGGUCGCUCGCAUGAUUGAUCAUGGUCAAGUCUACAUUGACCCUGAUCGUCGUCAUACCAUCGGAACCGAUCAUGCCACCCUGCACUUUGACAUCUUCAGAUUAGGGCCACAUGCUAAAUCUGUCUGGGGUAAUGACUCGCGUGCUCGCUGGGUCACUUCGCAGUUGCCGAACACUGAGAUUGUCGAUGAAGAUGAUAUCAUUGCACUUGCCCGCCAGCACACGAAGCCAAGAUCAUCCCUUGCAUAUCGUGACACACAGGAGAUCUGCAACCUCAUUGCCCAUGCUAAACAGACUGGCAGCAAAGUGGCCUGGAAAGCGGUACACCGUGCCCGACGUCAAGCGCGCAGGAAAUGGCAAGAUGACCGCCUAUCCAACAUCUUGACUGGUGACUGGGAGAAGUUUCGGCAGUUACAAAAUGAAAAGUCGAGGAAGAAAGGCUGGUGGGGGAAAAUGCUCGACGAUCAGUCCUCGAAAGACCUUACGCGCAAUGUCAAAGAGCACCUCUCUGUGAAAAUGUUUGAUGCUUCUGAUACGCAUUGGGAUGAAAGGUUACAAGCACGAAUUGACAACGUCAGGAUGUCGAGUCCCUACCUGCCUUUCAACAUCAUGAAUGUUCGGACCGAGCUCCAGGAAAUGCGUUGUCGCAGUGCAGUCGGGCCUGAUGGGAUCGGAGUACACUUGUUGCGAGAAAUAGCCAAUCAUGAUCAUCUCAGCACGCAGUUGGUCGACCUUGUGAAUCACAUAGUGGAAACGCUUCAGCUGCCCUCCACCUGGGAGAAAAGCUACCUGGCGCUUCUGGCGAAAUGUGACUCGCCGCUUAAGCCGAAGGACUUGAGACCAAUUGCUGUCAGCUCUGCGUUUAACAAGCUGAUCAACCGACUUGUUGCCUCUCGUGCUCUUCCACAGAUGAGAAGGGGGAGCAAAAUCUCAUCGUGUGGGCGUGGCCGUCAAACAGCCGACUUGAUUGGGAGCGUCAGCAGACUUAGAGAUGUAUGCCGCGAAUGGCGACUGCCAAUGCUCCUGUGCAAAUUGGACGUCGCGGGCGCUUUCGAUCGUGUUAGCCGGGAUAAAGUUGCGGACUUGCUGUGUGAGAGACUCCAGAGGGGAGCACCUGAGAGUGCAGAGCUCUUCGGAUUACUCAUGGACCAUAAGCUGGGAGAACUUUCUUCGUGUCCUCAAUGGCGCAAUCUGGGGAGACCUUUCGCUGAUCUCGACAUGGACAUGCUGUUCUACCAGGAUGACGUGUUCUUGGUUGAAUCAGACUUUCCCCGUCUUUGCAGAAGGAUCCGGGUGAUCGACAAAUGCCUCCAACAAGUUGGUCUCAAGCUCGCCACCAACAAGACGAAGAUUGUCGCUAGUCCGUGGUAUCGAGGCCAUCGCAAAGUCAAGAUCGGGGAGGAUGUGUUCGAAGUUGCGGCCCCCACUGAGGCAAUCCGAGUCCUUGGGCUCGACUUUUCGUUGAAUGCGCCGCUCUCUCAGCAGUCCAAGGAGCUCAUUGCUCGCACAAGAGCGGCAGCCCAUCAGCAUGCUGACAUCCUCAACGCGAAAGGACCCUGGACCAAGAAAGUUGGGGUGAUACGCACACUCGUUGAAUCGCGCUUCAACUGGUCCGCUGGGGCAGUUCACUGGGCAGGGGACGAAUUGAAGAGCCUCAACACCCUUCAACUACUUAUCCUCAGACGCGCCUUUGCACUUCGUCGUUGUAGAGAUGAAUCAUGGGUGGAUUGGAACAGCCGUACCCUUCGAUUCUGUCGGCAGUGGAUAGUGGCCCAACAAGUACCUCGCUGGUCCACCCGAGUGCUGACCCUACAACAUACACUCCAUGGCCACUGGAUACGAAGACAAGAGAUGGACUGGCAGCAAGAACAGCCUCAAGAUUGCCCAGCUGUUCGUGCUUUGAAGUGGAAAUGUACAGAGUGGUGGAGGGAGCAACAAGCCCUCAAUCCUUCAGUCGGAGCUCGUCAUCCCUGUAGAUUCUAUGCCUCGUGUCCUGAACGCCAGCUUGCCGACUGCCAUGGUCCACAAUGGAUGUGGUAUGCAGCUGACAGACAAACAUGGUCUGCCAUGCGGGGUGAAUAUCUCACUGCAUGGGACGUCAAGUGGACUAAAGGGCGACAACUGGCCAUAAAGAUGUGA